AUGGAUCCCAACGCUGGCUAUUCCGCUGGCUAUCCUGUGCCGACUCAGAGCCCUCUAAACCAAAUGCCCUUCUACCCCAAUGCAAUGGCCCAAUACCCUCAAUCAAAAACCCCAACACAGCCUGGGCAGCAACAGCAGCAUUCCUUUGGCGCUAUGUCCAUGCAGCCAGGCGUUCCCGGAGGAGGUACGAUGCCCCCGGGCUAUCCCCAACAGUCGUCCGCAGUUCCGAUGGACGCGUUCUCCGCGCCAUUCACGCAGCCCUCCGUCCCCGCAAACAUGACCCCAUUUUCUCAACCAGGCACGGUACCCAACGGGCCCUCUCCCGUUCAGCAGGCCUUUAGCCAAAACAUGGCGUCGAUUCAGCAGAAUAAUCUGCUCGCCAACCAGCCGAAGCCUCCACAGAUGAAUUCUCCCCGAUCCACUCAACCCGGAACCCCGGCGCAAGCCCAAUCCCCGGCACAGGCCCAUGCUCAGGCCCAGGUGCAAGCUCAAAUAGCGGCCCGAGAAAAGGCCCGGGUCACAACCUUGCUGGAUAUCAACUCCGCAUUAUUGCAAGAGGUGGUGACCCUACAGGCAGCUGGAAAGGCCGGCCCGGCGUCCAACGCUGAUGCGAACGCGUCUCCUACAGAACCGGGAAUGGAUGCGGUGAAGACGCCGGGGUCCAAACCUACCCCGGAAUACAUCGAGUGCAUGCGUCGGUUACAGGCCAAUCUAGCCUAUCUCGCAACGAUUGCCGAUCGAGCCAAGAAAUCUGGCGGCGUGGCCCCCCAAGCUCCCGCCAUCAUGACCCCGCCUCCAAACCUACCUGUCGUCCAUGACCUAUAUCAGAAGUUGAAUGAGUUAUUUCCUCGAGCUGGGAAGGCUUCCACCUCUCAGAAGCUUAGCCCAGGAGCGAUGCAAGGCAAUGGCGGCCCUAGUCCCUCUCCUGUGUCCGAAUCGGUCAUCUGA